GUCUUUUAGAUACAGCCCUUAAAUUGAAUCUUGCUUCAGGUUUUUAUUUCCUGUAGAAUGUAUUUUGUCUUGAUGUGUAUAGAACAGUAACAUGUUUGUGACUUUGCUGCCCUUCCUUUUUAUUACGUCUCUGAAUCUUACAUGUUCAUAAAUGGCUUCCUUGCGUAUUGAGAUAAGUGAAUUUUUAAAGAUGUGGACUUCAAAUAACUGCAUUCAGAAAAAUGAAAUUUUCAUUCUUUUUUAAUGUGAUCCCAAUAAAAAAUCAUUUAGGCCAUCCAGUUAUAGCAGCAGUGAACUUCUGUCAGUGGCAGCCCUCUUGGCCAGAGUGUCACUGGAUGAACAGAUCAAUUAUCGUUUGCUGGAGUAUGACUUCCAGGUCGUGAUGACAUCAUUGUUAGAUGCUUUCCCAGCAGAAGACUGGCCUCAACAGGCAAUAGAACUGUGCAGUGUUAUGUGUGGGCUAAGUGAGCAUCAUCACAGCAAAGUACACUUGGUACAGAAUAUCUGGCCUGUCACUGAGAGAGGGCUGUACCUACAGCGCAGACUGGCCUACGCCAUGUUGAAAAAUACAGUCCAGGGCAGUGUGGAAUUUUCUGAUGUUACCGAGUUCAAAGUUCACAACUUGUUCCCUCUGGUGAGCAAGUUGAGUCCUAAAGUGAAUCCAGACUUCUACCUCCUACAUAGCCAGUUGCUCUUCUUGGAUGCAGCAGUUGGGAAUGAGCCUCUAAAAGCAGCAGAAAAAGAGGACCUAGGCCAUAUGAUAGAGCUGGUACGUGGACUGAUGGGGGAUAUAAGGGACAGCACUAAGCAACCUGAUAGAGCCGUGGUGAAGGAUAUGAUGGUCCGUAUGGCCAGCAAGUGGACAUUUAUGAAACAGGCAAUGGGGUCAAGACAGAUGAACUUAUACAAUUUUGCCACAUCAGAAACCAAGUUACAAGUGGAACAGGUGCACUGCAGUCAAGACAGUGAUCAGUCUGACAGCGAGGAGUCAGAGCAGGUAGAGGAAGGAGAAUCCUCGAACCCUUCUGACAGCGAGGAUGACAAGGGUCAUUCCUCAAGGACAGUGCAAUCAACCAAUCUGCCAUCCAGUCUUAAUGAUUCUGUCUCAGCUAGUUUGGAAGAAGUCAAUGGGAAUCUUGUUUCAAGUGGAUCCACAGCAGACAACGUGGACAGUCAAGAUCCAGCCUCAAGUGGGAGAGAAGGUCAGACAGUCCAAAGUGGAGUGAAUAAUUCCCCCAGGAAGUCAGUUAGAAUGGUUUUCAGGAGGCCACAUAAUAAAAUGACAUUGGAUGACGGCUUUGAGGAUAAUUAUAGACAGGAAAAUGUCCCUUGCCUUGGGAUCAGCACAAAGAGAACUUUUUCUGAUGAGGAUGAGGGGGGAGGAGAGGAGGAUGAUGAUGAUGAGCUACCAGAAUUAUGAUUUAAUCUUAUCAGUAUUUUUUAUUUUUUGAAAACAACAUGGUUAUAAAUUGAUAUUUUGGGAUUAAUGAACAGUGGUAAUUAUUGUUGGGAAAGUUAUUAAUUGAUAAGUUGGGGUUAAUUAAUGAACCAGGGG